ACUUUAUAAUCUCGGUAAUCGUCACCAUUAAAACCAAGUUUUGUUUAGAAAAUCACAAAGUGACUCAAAGGGUCGGUGAAAGAUAAUGGCUCCACACCCACCUUUUAAACCAUCUUCAAUUGCUCCCCUGCCUCUUUCUUCUCCUUUCACCCAAUUUUCUUACCAACCAAACAUGUUUGAUCCUACCAAAGAACUGCCCAAAUCUUAUGUCAGUUUAUCGGAUCACUUAACUGGAGGAUUCAGUGAUUGUAAUGACAGUUAUGAUCGUGCCAUGAACUACGGUCCCAAAGUGCAAAAAACUGCUCAAAACUACGCAAAUUACAGCAGUUGGAACACCUUGGAAGGGAGGUUCGAAGUUGAAACAUUGAUGGCGGACGAUGAGUCCGGAAUUUCCAGUCCUCCUUUAUGGAAAUCUAGUCCUCAACAUGAAAACAACGUUAAUUACCGGUGUCUAUCGCCAUCGUCGAGAGCUCAAGCCAUAGCUAGAGGCCAAAAGGAGCUUAUGGAAAUGGUUAGUAAAAUGCCCGAGUCUUGUUACGAACUUUCGUUGAAAGAUCUCGUGGAACAUCAGCCUGUCGUUGUUGUGGAACCGAAGCAGGAGAGUUUCGCCCAAGGGAGAGGUUCAAAUUCGAUCGAUGAACGCAAGUACAAGAACGAGAAGCAGAACAGUCAGAAACAGCAACUUAGUAGGAGUGGGAGCUUAGUAGAUAAUGGAGGGUUUCUUCUAAAAAUGGUGUUUCCAGUUUCGUUAGGGUCUAAGAAAAAGAAGAAGAUGAAGAAGAAUAAGAGUAAGAAGAAUGAUCCUAACACGAAUAGUAAUUCAAAAGUUUCUCCAAAGCCGACUGUAGCAGAUGCAUCUGGUAAGACUGUAGAUAAAGAAUGGUGGAAGAAGAGAUCGGGGUCGAGCGAGAGCGACAGCAGCGGAUCGACUAUAAAGAGUGGCAGCACCAAAAGCAUCCGUAGCAGCAGCAGUGGCAGCGGCAGAAGCUACCGGAGCAUCAGCACUACCAGCCGCAGGCAUAGGAGAAGUGGUUGCUUGGCUUUUAUCUUCCCUAACAAAACCAAAGCAUUGCGGUCAAAAGAGGCCAAUCCUCAGAGUUGAGCCAUCUUUAAAAGUGGCGUUCAACAUGUAAUUAUCUUUUUCAAAUAAUGUUAAAUGUUUAGGGUUCAGUUCAUACAGGAGAUUUGUUAAAGCAGAGAAAUGCAGCUAAGACUGUAUAAUAUUCAGAGAUGCUAAUUAAAGUGCUUUCUUUCUUUCCCUUUAAA